GUAAUUCACGUGCUCUACAUUACCUACAUGACUACACGUGCGACAGCUUUAUGUAGGAUUGUGUCAAUUGGAGGUGAUUACCUGCCCCGGUCAGUGAUUAGUGAUGUCGGAUUUACACAUCAUUACGCGCAUCUCUCACCUAGAUUCUCACAGAAGUCCACGUGUAAAUCCGAAAUGUUCCGCUACAGAAGGAAGUUCUUAAUAUCCUCAGCUAUCGUGUUCAGUCGUGUGGAUGCUGAGAGCGUCCUGAAGUUUGAGUUGGCGGGGACGUACUUACUGUACCGGGACUAUGAGAGCGACCAUUUAUACUUAUCCGUGAGAUCUAGUGAAAUGGUGGAGCAUCACAGGAUAAACUAUGAGGACAAUCUUUAUUACAUGGAUAACCAGCCCUAUCCUUAUCUAGACUCCAUCAUUCUUUAUCACCAGCGUCACAAACUGAACGGAACCAAACUCACGCAUCAUGCCCCUCUCAGUGCCCGCACAGUUAAGGCGUUUACAACAAAGGUUAUGCGUCACAAUGGAAAUGUGUCACAAAUGGAAAAUGAACCAAAUUCCCUUCAUGAUAAGUCUCAUUACAUUGCAAGUAUAGAACAUACUAACGAUGACGUCAUCAAAACUCGCAUAUCUAAAUCCAGUGGAAGGUUAUGGAUUUCUGGUACAAUGCAACAUUCCCUAAAGCGGAUCUCUAUGCCGAUUCCGGAAGUGUAUCAUCAUCUUGGAGAUGGGGACAACAGACUGACACAGAGUUACAGAGGAAGUGCAAAUUUCUUAUCAAAAGCUGACAGUUUUGGUGAUUUGAAUGGAGACAUAUUUGAUUCUUCGGUGUCCGCCAGGAAGCGGUCUGAGGACUCAGAUAGUGAAUGUGAUUCAGAGAACAUCGACGAAGACGAUGACAAUAUCAGAGACUUUGAAGAUGAAGAAGAUGACGGUGUGUUAGUGUAUGAUACACACUUACAUUACAAUGAUUUGAUUUCAUCAGUUUUGUCCAAAGCGGACGGUCGAUGGAUGUGUCGGGAAACAUUUUGUUACUCUCUUUUCACGGAAUUUGGUGGGAUAAGCUUCCACGAAGCGGUGAUCAGAUGCAAGGAGAACAACUCAACCAUGGCCAGCAUCCACAGUGAGGAGGAAAAAGAGUUUGUGGAAAAAAUCAGGACGGAGUCGGUGGGUAUGCCGGUGUGGAUCGGGAUGAGAAGAUUCCUGACGGACAAGAGCUGGGUAGACGGGUCCCCUGUAGACUUCUUACCAAGACCGGGCGGCUACCAUUCUGCCAGAAACCCAGACACGUGUAUUUACAUCAGCAGUGACUGGUACGAGGGAACAUGUGACAACAAUUUGUACUUCAUCUGUAAACGUGAAGCUGAUGAUCCACCACAUUCAAGCCAUUUGAGUAGUAAAUCGAUGUCCGGAUACUCGACCACUGUCAAGAGAUGGGCAAGUGAGCAUACCCUGCCAACCUCUGCAUCAGAUACCAUGACCACAGUUUCCGUAUUGGGAGAAGCCAGUACAAAACCAAGUAACACACCUCACGGAGAUUUGUAUGAUAAACAACGGUUUGAGGAGGUACUGAAGAGUUUGAAAGUCAAGAAGAAGAAGGCUGGCACACAUAGUACGAAAGAAGCCCCCGGAGGCCAGGCGAUCGGGGCAGUCGCCAUGUUUAUUCUGUUGUUGAUGUUCACUGGGGUUAUUAUUUUAGACUUAAACACUUUCCAGAAGAACUGGAGAAUGUUUCGCAGGAAUGUGUCUGAUAUGCGUUACCAUUCCCAGUGAGAAAGUUUAGUACAUACUAACAUAUAGAAAAGAUUUGCAGAAACUGUAAAAUCUACAAAUAAAAGCAGUAUAAUGUA